UAUUUAUCCUACAGUACAGGCCCCAAAUCUGAAAACUCGGCGGUGCAUUUGAUAGCAGAAGCGGCGGCGGCGGAAGCAACAAUGGUGGAGAAGGGUAGCAAGGCGAGGAAAGAGGAGGUUGUUUCUAGGGAGUACACAAUCAACCUUCACAAGCGCCUCCAUGGAUGUACCUUCAAGAAGAAGGCUCCAAAUGCUAUCAAAGAAAUAAGAAAGUUCGCCACGAAAGCAAUGGGAACCACUGACGUAAGAGUCGAUGUGAAGUUGAACAAACACAUUUGGAGCCGCGGUAUUCGAAGUGUGCCUCGUAGAAUCCGUGUCCGAAUUGCGCGAAAGAGAAACGAUGAUGAAGAUGCUAAAGAGGAGCUCUACUCGUUGGUCACCGUUGCAGAAAUUCCCGAGGGUGGGUUGAAGGGAUUGGGCACCCAAGUUAUUGACGAGGAAGAAUGAAUAUUUUCUUUAAUUUCUUAAAAUUUACUUUUUUUUACGAAUUUUGCUUUUUACCUAUGUUUUAGAGAAAAAGUUUGUUUGAGGGAUUUUGUGGUGAGUUGUUAAUGCAGUUCUACUUCUACUCGUUUUUUUAGACGGAUUUAUCGAAUUUGAAUUCACCUAGCGUUUAUUUGUCUGUUGGAUCUUUUACUGUUGUGUCUUGUUGGUUUUGAAAUUCUGGUUUUUCUGUUAAUCGUCUUGGUAAGUUUUAGUGC